AUAUUCUCCCACACGUACAAAUACACAACAUCUACACUUUCUAAACUUUAUACACUAUACAUCCCUCUCUCGCGCUCUCUCUCUCUCUCUCUCUCCCCUUCCCCUCUCUCUCUCUCAACUAAAACAAACCUGUACACACACAUACACGAUACACCAAUUUAAAAUACACUAUUGCUUUUCUAUUAUCAUGGGGGGAAUAAAAACCACAACUAUACUUACAAUGCAUGUGUCUAUUUUCCAAUGCUGAAAUCCCCAAACGCACAAUUCCAAUCUCCACUCACUGCGACGCGCCACCGCCGUCGCAGCGCCAACCCUAGCCGUAAAUGAGUGUCUGAACCACCGCCUCUUUCACUUGGCUCUGGCGGAACCCUAGCUUUCAUUAUAUAUAGAAUCUCUCUGUAUCUAUAAUAGAGGAAGGAUUCGAGGGAGAAGAAGAGGCCUUAUAGAAUUAUGCUCUGGAUUAUGAAAUUCUCCGGCUUCUUCUCCGCCGCGAUGAUUAUGAUUGUGUUGUCUCCGUCUCUCCAAUCGUUUCCUCCGGCGGAAGCUAUUCGAUCGUCGAAUCUUCAGUUUUCAGGCCAAAUUGCCACCGCCGGUAACAAAAUUACCAGAUUGCCCUUCAAAAAAGCAUCCGUUUUCGUUAAUUCUGAUAAAUGCCGGUCCAAAUCCAAGAGAUUCAGCGUCUGUGAUGAAUCCUUGAUACAUAUAGCGAUUACGCUCGAUGUCGAGUAUCUACGUGGCUCAAUCGCAGCCGUUCACUCGAUUUUACAGCACUCGGUAUGUCCUGAGAACAUCUUUUUUCACUUUCUAGUCUCCGAAUCGAAUUUGGAAACCCUAGUUUCGUCUACAUUCCCUAAGUUGAAUUUUAAGUUGUACUUUUUUAAUCCGGAUCUAGUUCGGACCCUUAUUUCGUCGUCGGUACGAUCAGCAUUAGAACAACCAUUGAACUACGCCAGGAAUUACCUCGCUGAUUUGUUACCACGGUGUGUUAGCCGCAUUAUAUAUUUGGAUUCUGAUCUUGUACUCGUCGAUGAUGUUUCGAAGCUUUGGAUAACUAGUUUGGGAACUAAGACAAUUGGUGCCCCGGAGUAUUGUCAUGCCAACUUUACAAACUAUUUUACUGCAAAAUUCUGGCAGAAUAAACGUUAUUCUCGCACGUUUUCUGGCCGGAGUCCUUGUUACUUUAACACAGGUGUGAUGGUGAUUGAUUUGGUUAAGUGGAGACGGGUCGGGUACACGAAACGGAUUGAGAAGUGGAUGGAGAUCCAGAAGAGUGAACGGAUUUAUGAACUUGGGUCCUUACCACCUUAUUUAUUAGUGUUUGGUGGCCGUGUGGCACCAAUUGAGCAUCGGUGGAAUCAGCAUGGGUUGGGAGGUGAUAAUGUCAAGGGGAGUUGCCGGGAUCUUCAUCCGGGACCAGUGAGCUUGUUGCAUUGGAGUGGGUCGGGUAAGCCAUGGAUCCGACUUGAUUCAAAGCGGGCAUGUCCGUUGGAUUCUUUAUGGGCCCCAUAUGAUUUGUAUGGAUACUCAACGUGAUAUGUGAAGUAAAAUGCUGGUAAAUGUUUUUUUUGUUAGCUCACAAUUUAUUUUGUUUUUGUCAUGUUUACUGUUCUGUAUACUUUUCUUGUUUUUUGGGAUAUUAGUUAAUUAAAUACCAGUUUUCAGGCUCUGUAUUCUAUUUUACUAGCUCUGGAAAUAAAUAGGAAAGAAAGAUGAUGUUUCAUUUA